GCAUACUCUCUUAUGAUCUCUUACGACUCAUACUCAUGACUUGUACCUAGACUCUGUCUCUAUAGGUACUGCUAAUGUUAGCUCUGUGUCUUCUACACUCGCUGAGACUCUGUCUCUAUAGGUGAUCGCUACUGGUCAUAUCUCCACUGCGCGGUAUUGUCUGCGACACUCACAGGCAAUGACCUUGUCGUUGCUCAUGCGUUGGCUGGCGGGAAUAUCACUGGACAUGUUUGCCUUGACAAGAAUGGACAACAGAUCGCAACCUGACCCCAAGUCCUUGGACCCAAGCGCAACACAUUCGGCUUUCGAUUUGUCCAGGAGCUCCUUUCCUAUUGCGUUGGAGUAGGGGCACGUGACCACAGCGGAUCAGAGCAGGCCAGAGUAGUCACAAGGAGUCACAGUAGUCACAGACAUUCACGCUUGGCACAGGCAUUCAGGAGUGACCACUCCAGCGUAUAACUUCUUGUUCACAUAACGAAUGACUGUCC